AUGGAAAAUAAAAUAACAGAAAUAUUAAACAAGGAAGAAAAUAAAAAAUUAUUAAUUUUAUAUAAAAAUUUUAAAGAAAGCUCGUUUGAAAAUAAAUUAAGAUUUGAAUGCGAAUUGGAAUUUGUACAAUCGUUAAGCAAUAUAGAAUAUAUAAAAUAUUUAUAUGAAAACAAAUACUUUGAUGAUAAAAAAUUCUUAAAUUAUUUAAAAUAUUUAAAUUAUUGGAGAAGUAAGCCAUAUAUCUUUUACAUUCAUUUUCCUAUUUGUUUAUAUGUUUUAGAAAUUUUAAAUGAUAACAAAGUACAUGAAUAUUUUAAGAACUCCAAUUCAUUUAACAAUUUUAUUUAUUAUUUAAAAUUACAUUGGCUAUAUUUUAGCUACCAGACUUAA